AUGCCGCGCUGUUACAUGGUCAAGAAAAGCAAACAGUGGCACGAUGGUCCGCCCCUGUACAGCCCCACCGAGGCCAGCGUGGCUCCUCCAUGCUACAAUCCGGUGGAGACGACAGCAGUGACAGAAGGUCAAAAUGCGACUGAGUCAGUCGCAUUUUUGGAGAGGACGGCGGCGGACACGCAAGCCGCUCUCGAUCUGUUGUCGUUGGCGAAUAGCCGGCCGAACCCACCGCUGUCGCCGCCCCCGCCACCGCCGCCACAGGCACCAGACGCGCCGCAGCCGCCGCCACUGCUCGUGGACACCCCACGAGAAUACCUCCCUGAGCCUUUUGCUCCCGAGCCUUUUGCUCCAGAGCCGUUUGCUUCAGAGCCUUUGAUACAGCAAACCUAUGCUCCGGAUACUUUUAUACCCAAACCGUAUGUUCAAGAGCCUUUUGGCACUGACCAAUUCUCGCAGGAAGCAUUCGCUCCGGAGCAAUACACGCCGCUGCUGCAGCCCGAUCCACCGCUCGUGCCUGUGUACACUCUACCCGACGAGGCCGAAUGUAACACCCGUGCCGCAAUAUGA